AACUAAAACCCUCUCUUAUUUAUGCUUCUUUGCUUUUUCUUUUCUCUUUAUCUUACUCUUUCCUUAGCUUUGUAAUUUUAGUGUCUUCCCCUCUGCCCUUUUUCUAACUCAAGGCAAUAGGUGGUGAAGGGGAGGAAUGCAGCUGGGGGACUGUAAGGAUUUAUCACACUGAGGUGUGAGGGCUCCUGUGCCUGCAGAUGUAACGUUUUAGUGCCAACAGCAUUCCCACCAUGGAGCCAAUACGGACUUUUAUUGCUUUUUUAGCUUUAUUCUUAAGACCACAUACUAUGUGGCUGCAGGGAGAUGAAUGGGAGGAAAAAGGUCAAUAUGUUGAGGGUGAAGUGGUUUGAGUGUGUUUGAGUGUGCAUGGGGUUUUCAGUCUGAGAGGCUGUGGAGAAUUUUCAAGUAUGAUCAAGUUAAUAUAAAAGAUACUAAUAGUAUUUAUCCAUCUUUUUCUCCCUCUACUGUUUGCAUUUAAACAUACCCUCUUUCUCCCAGUCUAGCUCCCCUCCCAUUUCUCCCAUUUCCACUCCUCACUCUUCCUGCCCUUCUACCCUGCCUCUCAGGUUACGAUGACUGGGGGUUUUCUUGCUCUCGUUUGGUAGUGUCUGUGUGGGAUGGGGGUGGUGGUGUGAGCGUGUAUGUGUGUGUGUGUCUCCCUCUACGCUGUGCUGUGUCCUUGUCCCUGCCUCCUGGCAGCAAGGAGCCACCCAGCAGCCGGACUGUGAUUGGGCAGGGGAGCGGGCUUCUUGACACAGCGUGGUGCUGACUUCUCCGGGACGUGUUUCAACAGAUGGUCGAGGUUAGAGAGUGUCAUCACAUCGGAGAGAGGAUUAGAGGAGAGAGGUUGUCUUCCAGGAGCUGUGUGGUCUCCCUCCCCUCCUACUCUUGAACCUAAAAUCCUAGCUCCAAGACAUAAACCCCUCCAUGAGCGAAGGGAGAUCUGGUGAAGAACGUGAGGAUAAAGCUAAGAGAGGAAUCCUUGCCUUGCCUCUCACUCAGCCAACACUCUGCUCUCCUGCCUUCCAGUCAACCAAGGCUGCGAGAGCUGCACGGGUGUGAGUGAGUGGCCUGGCUGGUCCUCUUCUCCCUCCCAUCUCUCCAGUAAUCCUCCCAUCAAUCCAUCCUGUGGCCUGUUGUGGAGGGCACCAUGCUGAUUCACUGGCUGUGCUGGUUGGCCCUGCUGUUUCUGGAUUGGACUCCAGGCAGCUGGGCCUUCACCACCACCAGGGCUCAGGGCCACAAGGGUCGCGUCGCGAGGGACCGCAGGAACAUCCGACCCAACAUCAUCCUUAUCAUGACUGACGACCAGGAUGUUGAAUUGGGUUCUCUACAGGUGAUGAAUAAAACUCGUAAGAUAAUGGAAGAUGGUGGCAUGACUUUCACCAACGCCUUUGUGACCACGCCUAUGUGCUGCCCGUCACGGUCCUCCAUGUUAACUGGCAAAUAUGUCCACAACCACAACACCUACACCAACAAUGAGAACUGCUCCUCCCCAUCCUGGCAAGCGCAACAUGAGCCACGUUCCUUUGCCGUCUACCUCAACAACACUGGCUAUAGAACAGCCUUCUUUGGCAAGUACCUCAAUGAGUACAAUGGCAGCUACAUCCCACCUGGGUGGCGUGAAUGGGUCGGAUUGAUAAAAAAUUCCCGCUUCUAUAAUUACACUGUCUGUCGGAAUGGUUACAAGGAGAAACAUGGUGCUGACUAUGCCAAGGAUUAUUUUACUGAUCUAAUCACCAACGACAGCAUCAACUUUUUCCUGAAUUCCAAGAAAUUGUACCCUCACCGUCCUGUGUUGAUGGUCAUCAGCCAUGCAGCUCCUCAUGGCCCAGAAGACUCAGCCCCGCAGUAUGCAGAGCUCUUCCCAAAUGCUUCACAGCACAUUACCCCUAGUUACAACUAUGCUCCAAAUAUGGACAAACAUUGGAUCAUGCAGUACACAGGCCCAAUGAAACCAAUCCACAUGGAGUUCACAAACUUCCUUCAUCGGAAAAGGCUGCAGACACUCAUGUCUGUGGAUGACUCUGUGCAGAGGGUUUACGAUAUGCUAAAGCGAACUGGAGAGCUAGACAACACUUAUGUCAUCUAUACAGCAGACCAUGGCUACCACAUUGGCCAGUUUGGGUUAGUCAAGGGGAAAUCAAUGCCUUAUGAUUUUGAUAUCCGUGUGCCAUUCUUCCUAAGAGGACCAAAUGUGGAGCCUGGAGCAGUAAACCCUCAUCUGGUGCUGAAUAUUGACUUAGCUCCCACAAUCCUCCACAUUGCUGGACUGGACACACCCCCAGACAUGGAUGGAAAGUCCAUCCUUAAGCUUCUGGAACAAGAACGAACUGGCAACAGAUUCAAACCCAACCGGAAACCCAAAGUCUGGAGAGACACAUUCCUGGUGGAGCGAGGAAAGAUCCUGAGAAAGAAGGAUGAGUCCAUGAGCACUCAACACACCAACAACCUUCCAAAAUACAAGAAGGUCAGAGAAACUUGCCAGCAAGCUGAAUACCAGACCCCAUGUGAACAGCCUGGACAGAGGUGGCACUGUGUGGAGGAGAUCACGGGGAAAUGGAGGAUACAGAAAUGUAAAGGUGGCUCGAAAGAAGGCUCCAGAAAGAGGGCUCGCAGCCUGAAGCCCCGCAGCAGUUACGACAACAGAGAGAAGUCCUGUGACUGUGAAGAGACUCUGUAUAAACCAUCCAGGACUGAUCGCCGCGCCCAGCGUCAGCUCUCGUCUUCAGCUGGCCAGCGUUAUCGUCCUCGUUUUGUCCACACACGGCCUGCCAGGUCUCUGUCUGUGGAGUUUGAGGGUCAGAUUUAUGAUAUUGACCUGCAAGCAGAUGACCAAUCAGCCAUUCGCCGCCGAGUCAUCUCAAAGCGUCACUACAACCCAGAGGAUCCAGCCUGGGAAUCUGAUGAUGGUUCAGAGGAGAUGCUGGCAGAUGAUAACAAUGCCGUGGGAUAUCCCAACUCUGUGAAAGUUACCCACAAAUGUUACAUCUUGAUGAAUGACAGCGUCCACUGUGAGAGAGAAAUCUACCAGUCCUCCAAAGCCUGGAAAGAUCACAAAAGCUUUGUGGACCAGGAGAUCGAAGCACUUCAAGACAAAAUCAAGAACCUCCGAGAAGUCCGAGGCCACCUGAAAAGGACUCGACCAGAUGAAUGUGACUGUGGGAAGAGGGAGGCUACACAGGAAAUGGAUGGGAAGACCCUGUUGUACAACGAGAUCCGUAGGAGGAAGAAGGAAAGAAAGGAGAAGAAGCGGCAACGGAAGGGGGAUGACUGCAGCCUGCCAGGCCUCACUUGCUUCACCCAUAACAAUGACCACUGGCAGACUGCUCCCUUCUGGACAUUGGGUGGAUUCUGUGCAUGCACCAGUUCCAACAACAACACUUACUGGUGUCUGAGAACCAUCAACGAGACACACAACACACUCUUCUGCGAAUUUUUUACUGGCUUCCUGGAAUACUUUGAUCUCAACAGUGACCCCUACCAGCUGACCAAUGCAGUGUACUCAGUGGAUCGGGACGUCCUAAACACACUUCAUGCUCAGCUCAUGGAAAUGAGGAGCUGUCAAGGGUACAAGCAGUGUAACCCUCGUCCUAAAGGCUUGGACACAGCACACAGCCAGUAUGGGAAGGACGACAGGGUUAAGCUACCCAACUUAACAGAUGAAGAGGUGAACUGGCAGGAAUUGGAGGAUUUGUAUAGCAUAAACGAAAGCCUGUAUGAAUGUAGGCCUGACUACAGCCCCAGUCUAGACAACUGGGCUAACUUCCAGAAGGACAUAGAUAAAAUGUUUGCACUGCGACAUGUUUUCAACAAAUUCAACCAAACCCAAAAGCUUGACGACUCCACCCUGCCAGAGCUGGGCUCUGGGGCCGGGGGUGGAAGCCUUGAUGAGGGCAGUGGAGAAGAGCUGGCCUCCACCAGUGACAUCUGGCUGGGUUUGGCUGAAGAGACUCACCUCACCACCCCCGACCCCAGCAGAACGCCAUCGGCACCACCCACAUGGGAAAGGAAACUGAAACCUGUGGUAAAUGACCUUCCUGAGAGCUUUGUGAACAGACUUGGGGCGUCUGUUAUGUCGCCAUCACUGGGGACAGUGUCAUCAUGGGGUCCAAGCGAAGACAAAGCUAUCCUUCAGACUGAUACGUGGGUGCAGCAGCUGGAGGAAAUGGAUGGAGAGAUAUUUAGCGGGAACGGACUGACGGAGCUAGAGACGCAACAUGACAGCCUCUUGCGUUCUCACAACAGCUUGCAAGCCCAGUUAGAACCCCUCCCAGCCCACAGAGGGUUCACCAGUCUGCAGCAUCUCAGCCACAACCUGGACCCUGAAGAAGAGGAGGACAUUUUCCAGGCCCAAGGCUACCUACCUUUCUCUCCACAGACUCUGAGGCCAAAGGUGCAGGUUGGUGCCACCAGGACCCCCACCGCCACCACACAGUCUAGCACCUCACAGAACGUCGGGGUGGUACUGAAAGCGCUGCCUCAAUCAACUCUGCCCCACAGUUUGGACUACGAGGGCAGCGGCUCUCUGCCUCAUCCCUCCAAUCAGACCCUCUGAGGCGGACAUGCACUCUGACCAGCCAGCCAAUGAGCUCCUGGUUGCCAUAGUGACACAGACACUGAUUAGGAGAUAAGCUUGCCAAGAGCAAUGGCAAAUAAUGCCACCUCAGUCAGAGUUGUAUAAUAAGUAUUAAAUUUGUUUAUUUUUUUACUGGUGCCUACAUUUAUUAGUAAACAGUGUUGUGUUUUAUAUAUAUAUAUAUAUAUACAUACACAUAUAUAUACACAUUUAUAUAUAUAGAUCUAUAUAUAUAUAGAUAUAUAUGUGUGUGUGUGUGUAUAUUUAGAAAAAAAAGUCUUAAUACAGCUGAACUUAAGAGUUGCUAUUAAAACUUAAUAAUUCCAUGCAGAUAAACUGAACACUGUUUUAAAGUUUUUAUGAAAAACAGUGAGUGGUGAAACCAUCUCAGUAGAUGGAUGGAUGGAUGGUAAGGCUUGGUAAAUUACUCUGCAGUC